UCGUCGACGAUCUCGCGGGAAGUUUAGCUUUGGAAGCGGAGGGGGCACGCAAAACCACAGGAUUUGUUUACAUUUACAUCCUGGUAUAACCUGUGCAUUAAAUUGUCCGAUCAUGCUCAUAUCUUUCUAAAUAAGUGGACAGGAAAAAGCGAAGAAUUAACGUUUUUCUGAAUUAUUUUGCAUCAACUGGGACAGCCAUGUCUUCUCCGGUGGCAGUCAAUGACAUCACAAUGGAUGACCUUGGAGGUCAUGAUAGGCCAGGGGUUAUUUGGGACCUUGACCCUAACUUAACCCAUGAAAUCUAUGAGGAUCUUGGAGUUGAAGUCUUAGACAAGGCAGAGCCGAAAAAGAUUCCCCAGAAACGAAAAAAUAAAAAAACUCCACCAGACCAAAAGGCUAGCUCAACCCAGACGAAGCCUGCCAUCGUCCACACCACACCAAGCCCAACCGCUGUAAGAGAAUCCGCUCAGAACCACAUCCAUAAUGGACAGAACUGUAGCUGCGUUCGUCGUAUUUUCAAAGGCAAUAAAGAUCCAGGUGCAGAUCCAUUUUUGUAUUUAUCAGAUGAAGUGAUCCUGUCCAUCUUUCACUGGUUACCAAAGAAAAGUCUUACCCAUUGUGCCAAAGUAUGCCGGAGGUGGAGAAGACUCAGCUACGACGAAGAGCUCUGGAGGAAAGUUGACCUCUCUUCGCGUAACUUCCUGCCAGGAAUUCUGGGAUUGAUCCUGGAGAGGGGUAUCGUCCACGCAAAGCUAUCCCGCUGUACCAUUACCGGACCAGUCUUUGAUCCUGAUCUUGAUGGAAGUGCAAUGGAAGAGGGGAACUCUGAGACUGAUGACCUUAACAGCUCAAGAAUGUCUUCUGUCUCCACAAACCCGCUGCAACUCGAGUCAUUGGACCUCUCGGCGUGCAUCAACGAUGACCCGGCAAACAUCCAAACUGUCCUCGCCCGAUGUCCAUCUCUUCGGAAGCUGAGUCUGGAGAGCUGCCAGCUGAACGGCAAUGCCCUACUCACCCUAGCUGAAAAUGGAGCUUCCCUUGAAGUCCUAGAUCUUGCCAUGUGUCGUCUUACCAACCCUGAAGCGUUGACAACUCUCAUUAGAGCCGCUUCGAGGUUGCAGAGUUUAAACAUUUCUUGGUUGGGCCUGUCUGCAGAGAGGGUCAAGGAGUUGAUUACUGUUCUUCCAACGAAACUGAAACAUCUCAAUAUUAGUGGAUACAAGGAGAAGCUCAAGAACAAAGAUGUGGUGACCAUCGUGACGAGAUGUCAUGAACUGAAGCAGUUAGAUCUUAGUGAUAGUACGUCCUUGGGUUACGAUGCCAUUUCAGCGAUAGUACAGAACCUUCCUUGCCUUGAACACGUAUCACUCAGUCGCUGCUAUGACAUCCCGUUCUAUGCCUUUGUGUCUUUGAUCGACAUAUCAACCCUAGAAGCCCUUGAUGUCUUUGGCGUGAUGCAGGAUCGGGAACAGGAACGGCUCCGCGUCCAAAUGCCCAAGAUCUCGAUCAACUCCUACCCAUUCUCAUCCAUCGCCAGACCAACUUUCUCAGCCAAACAAGCUCAUCACAUUUGGGGAGUCAGAUGUGAAGUUGUAUAAAAAGAAAAUCCUUAUACUGUAUGGGGUUUAGCGCUGCAAGUCAUGUAGUCAGGUCCUUAUGCCGUACCAACAUUCUUGGAGUUAUAUGUGAAGCCAUGUACAUGAAGAUGAAAACCAUAUUGUGUUAAUUCUGUCAAAUCACAUUGAUAGAUCCCUAGAUCCUUAUGUCUGAUGGGGUUUGGUGCCGCAAAGUUCAGUUGGGGGUCAAAACAAAUAAUUAAAAGAAAUUUUAAGGGAACUGUCUAGAUGUAACUUUAAUGUAUGCAGAGGCAAGUGUACUUACUGAAGAUAUAAAUAUUAACUCAUCAAUAUCAUUUCUUAAACUUUCUAUCUGCUGUUUUAAAUCAGGAUUACCAAUAAUAUGCAUGUAUAUAGCAGUCUUUGAUUGUGUAUCAAAAUGCAUGGUUAUUGCUUGGGAUCUGGUAAUGCCUGAAGUUUCGAUUGUACAGGAUUUUUUAGCUUUUCACGCUUUCAGCAUAUUAUACUUUCUUGAAAAUAGAAAAAGUUUCUUCUGGUGGAAUAAGAGCUUAUACCAUAUAUAAUCUUCCAAGUGUACUACAUAUAGUAUGAUAGACAACAUUUCUUCUGAUGGAAUGAGCGCUGUACUAUAUAUAUAUAUAUAUCUCCUCAGUGUACUAUAUGUAUUAUGAUCAACAUUACUUGAACUUUACACGAAAUGGACUAGACAAAAUGGAAGUAAAAGUGGAAUGUUGGUACUUUUACCACAAGAACAUAGGAAUGUCCUGAUGAAUAAAUGACCACUUUGCUUAUAAAGCUCUGUACCGCUCGCACAGAGACCUUGUUAGCACCAACAGAGACCCUGUUGCAACUGGUGCUGUUGUAGCGAUGCUUAAUGACCUAACUUUGUGGUCUGGUGGUUACGGCUCUCGCCUCUCAAUCAGGGGGAUGCAAGUUUGAAUUCCAGCCAUGGCGUGUUUUUCCUCGGCAAGACAUUUACCCGCAUUGUGCUGCUCUCCACCCAGGUGAGGUGAAUAGGUACCUGGCAAGAUUAAUUCCUUGAAUGCAUUAAGUGCCUUUAGUAGGUGGAGCUAAAGCUGGGGUAAUAUAUAUACAGUGCGUCCCACAAAAAAGGAAACUUGUUUCUAUAAAUAGAUUUCGCAAUUAUGAAAUGUGUUUUUACUAUAAAUUUGAUAUUGUAAGAGUGGAAUUUCAUCUUUGAUAUGAGACCAACAUCUUAGCAAAUCGUUCGCGGGUGGCAGAUUAUAAACAAUAUUGAGGUAUGUCAGAAGUGAUUUGCACCAAGAAUCACAUGUGAAUCUGAAUCCACUCUCAUUUCAGGGAUCAGUGAGAAAAACUUAACGAAGAAUAAUAAAGAAAUGCUAAUGAGCCAAUCGUCGAAUAAGCACGGUCGUGGUAUCACUUACCAAUCUUGUUCAACUUUUCUGUGCAACCUGAUUUUGACAUUAAAACUUCAAAAUCGUCUUGCUCAUGAGCGCGUGAAGUGUUCCAUCUCAUAUUAGGCGUGAAAAUAUAGAGAAAUGAUUGAAUGGUAUGAUGAUGUAAAUGGAAUAUCAUAAUUCAUUUUCCUUUGAAGAAAAAAGACAUGGGAAUCCCGGUUUCCUUUUUUCUGAGACACACUGUACAGUGCACCAUUGAAUCGGUACCACAUAAAUGCUAUAUAUUAUUAACAUCUUGGAUCAAAAAUCGGGAGAGGUGUGAUUGGGUCAGCUGAUAGUGCUCUGUUAGCGGUAACAACAUUUCUGUGUGGCCGGAACUGGCCGUUGGUGUCUGACCUUGAAGAUUGCAACCUGUGAUUUGAUACUCUGUUUCUGAUGAAUAGGGGAAUGAAAAACCAAAUGAGACCAGUCAUUAAGUUGACUUUACAUGUCCUAAAUUUCUUGAAGAUAAUUCCAGUUGUGGUAACGACCUCAAAGUGAGUGAAUAGAAUCCAAGAAAAUUACCAUCCAAGUGUUUGUAUGUAUAAAUAAAAAUAUGUGCCAAAUGGCUCUGGAGGAAAAUGCAUAAUUGCUGAGAAAUGAGCAAAAUAAGCAUGAAAUUCCAUCAAUUGUCGGGUAUUAUUAAUACACGGUCCCACAUAUGCUUUCCUUUCUUAGUGAUCAUCAGGUUUUGAGCUACGAUUUCAGAUUUCACAAAGAUAAGUUUACAUUAAUGUACCAGAUCUAGAUACAUGAUAAUAUGUUGACGAUUAAUCUUGAUUUAAAAGACUUUCUCAUGAAUUACAUGUUAAUUGUUUGCUGCAACUACUUUCUUUUACCUUUAAGUCUUUCAGCUCAGAAAUGAACAUGGCAAAAAUAGAAUAUUUGAAGAAAAGCAGGCUAGGCAGGAUAACAAUAAUAAUAAUUAUAAUACAUAGGAUUUAUUCAGCGUCUUUUCCAUAUGAUUAAAUGCUCAAGGCACUUAGAAUAGCAGCAACAUCAAAAAGUAAAGAUAAGUAUAAGAAAAAGCACAUUGCAACGUAGGAAAAAUGUCAAGUAUUUGCUAUAUGAUUUGGUUAAAAAAAGAUUCCUUAUACAUGUAGCAGAACAUCCACGGCAUCCGUACGGUGCAGUCCUUGUUACGUCACAAAGGCGAUCCAAAAUACGCAAUGCACAUUACACUUAGAUGUGGCAUGACACCGUCAUUACUAUGGUAACUUACUUCAUACGCACCUUGGCGCAUGGGAAUUUGCACUAAAGAAAUAUGCAGAUAUUGUUGGUACUUUCAACAGUGAUGGCCAUAUAACAAAUUGCACAAUGGCAAGAAGAGUGUAUCUGACCAGUCAAAAGCAUUCU